UCACCUUUCGCUGAGCUAUAAAUUCAGCUCCUAAGCUGCUGGGAAAUCAGUACGGUUUGCCUCAGCCAUCCAAAAAGUCAUAACCAAAAUGAAUUCACUAACUGGUUUUAUGUGCUGUGCACUGCUGCUGAUUAGUCCUUUAUGCAUGGGAUAUACCGACGAAGAUCGUGAAGCCGACAGCCGUAAAGUUGCUGAAAUUAUCAGAAACUCCCAGGACGACGACUCUAAAAUCAAUAGCACACAGGAAUUACUGGAUAUCUAUAGGCGUUUAUAUCCCAGUUUGACCCUUGAGGAUCGGGAGAGUAUCGAUAAGUUCGUCAAUGAACACACGGAUGCGAUUCUAAUCGAUGGAGUUCCGAGUCAGGGAGGCCGUAAGACCAAGUACGUUGGAAAGGUUUUAUCCCCAGCUGCGAAGGGAUUUGCCAUUGGAUUCUUUGAAGAACUUGGUUCCAAAAUUGCGCAAUUGUUCACUGGAUAAUAAUUGAAAUAACUGAAUUUAAAUAAUUAUGUGAAAAAAAUAACAAAAUAUGAGCAAUAGGUUUUUUAAUUUGUAUACAACUAUUAACCAAUCAUUUCAAAUAAAAUUUUAAUGAACAUUAUGUAGUGGCACAUUAUUAACUUUCGAUCGCACUCUGAAAUCCACUUCAAAAGCAGUAAACUGAUAUACGACGUGCUCAUUGCCAUUCAUACACAGGAUAAUGGAUUAUGAUAAUGGUGUUAUGAUCUUAGCAAUGCUCCCAAUGUUGUUUCCGCAAAAAGAAUAAAUAACUAAAUAUUUGAUUUAAACUGUAACUAUACUUUAAAAAAACUACUACUUAAUUGUAGUGCAAUUUUAUGCUCAUAUUUCAUUAUACCCGUUACUUGAAGUUUGUUUCAAAACAAUAGAACCAAAACACAGUUUUAA